UUUGUGACGAAUGUACACGGAAGUGUGUUUUUAGGAAUGCUGUGGUUUAAUUGUGAUGGCCUUUUACCUGGGAUUUCGAUUGCUAUUUGCUUUUUAGCUGUUUCACUUGCUGGGUUUUUAGGUGUUUUAGAGCAUACAACGUUUUCUGAUGUAGAUUAUCUCUGCAGUAUGGCAGAGGGUUCUGCAAAUAACCGGGAGAUGUUUAGACAAGGGAAGAAGACUGCAGUAGUUCUGGGGUACACCGGAGAAACAGGCCAGGCGCUUGUGAAGCAGCUUGCAAAAGAGAACCUUUUUUCUAAGGUCACAUUGAUUGGCAGACGAAUCAUACCUUUAAAUGAAUCGGAAAGACCAGAGUUUGAACAGAAAGUUGUAGAUUUUGAGAACCUAGAGGAGCACAGGGAUGCAUUUAGCGGACAUGAUGUUGGCUUCUGGUGUCUCGGUACAACAAGGGCAAAAGCUGGAGUUGAGGGUUUUAAGAGAGUGGACCAUGACUAUGUACUGAAAUCUGCUGAGAUGGCGAAGGCUGGGGGAUUGAAGCAUCUUCACUUCAUGUCAACCAUGGGUGCUGACCACAGGGGCAUGGCACUGUACACUAAAACCAAGGGCCAAGUAGAGGAGGCUCUAAAAGUGAUGCACUUUGCGAGGUUGUCCAUUUAUAGACCUGGGGUGUUGAUGGUGAACCGUCAGGAGAGUCGGCCCAUGGAGGCGAUCGCCCGCUUCCUGCUUGUGCCUGUUGCUAAAGUGUUCCCGACUGCCAUCACGAUACCGGUGGAAUCUGUCGCUCAGGCCAUGAUCAACAACGCAGUCAGUGACAAGGGAAAAAGUGUGGAGACAUUUGAAAAUAAGGACAUCCAUGUAUUGUCAGGGAUUAGUGGUCAUUGUCCAAAAAGUUAAAAAUUGAUUGCUGCCAAUGGCUCUAUUAUAUAUUUUGUCCAAUACUUACUCCAAAUUGUUCUGUUCAACAAAUGCCUUAUUUUAAUUCACAUUUGUACAUAAAGCCCCAAUAUCACGAAUAUACUUAAGUCUGUCAAAUCUCAACUCAUUUUACCACAUUACAUAAACAAAUGAUUUUUUAUCUCUUGUGGCCAUGCAUGUGUCUGUAAAAAUUGCUUGUGAACACAAUAAAGUCUUCAGUUAUGAUUUUAUCACAAUCAAACUUCUACAGUAGUUAGAUAUCCAUGAGAGCUUGGUUCCUUUCAUAAACAUUCCCGAUCCGCUCAUGCAUUACUAGAUAAUGGCACUUGAAAUUUUCAAAAUUGCUAUGUAAACACAAUGGACAUGUUUUGUUCUAGAAUUAUUUUUUUUAAUAGAAAUAUUGAUGCAGGGUUUUUAUCAACUCAUUCUAUGAGAAAAUGUGCUUUAAAAAAACAACAUAAUAUAUAUUGAAUCAUACAAUGCUUUUGUUUUUAAAAGAGUUGAGAUUUGACUUCAUUUUUCUCAGCAGUUUGGGAACAAGUAUUUGCACCUACAUUUGGUAAAUGUUGUUGCUAAACACAUCAAAUUGGGAAUUCAAAUAACAAGAGCGACUUUGUUUUUUACCAUGAGAGUUGGUCCAAAUAUAUGGCUGGAUAAAGGCAAUUAAAAACAAAACAAACUAAUACUAAACUGGAAAUUUAAAAAAAUGAAUUAAUUAUUGUGCUUUGCUUGCCUGAAUUCGGAUAAAUAUAUUUCUAUUUUUCUCUUUUCAGUCGUUUUUCAAAGAUGUGAACUAAAAUAUGGUUUACUUUCUGUUCACUGCAUAAGCAUUAUUAUGUACAUAUGUAUUGUAAUACCUUACACAGUUUUAUUUACAGUAUAGUCUUUGGUCAUGUGGGAUUCAUAUGCUUUACAGAUGAUAUCAGGGCACAUACCUCAUUACAUACAGCAAUAGUUCAUAGGACAAAACUUGUAUGCAGUUUUGUUUAUUACAUGUGUGGUUUUGGAGAAAUUACAUGUUGUUUUCAUGUUAAGAUUCCAUUUUCAAUACCUUUUGGUAUAUGUAGAUGUUAUUCAGAUUGCAAUGUAACUAUUAUUCCAUUCAUGUUUAUGUUCAAUUUCUGUAAAAUGAUUCCUAUUUAUUAACAUUUAUUUCCUCCAUUCCAUUACAUCCAUGUUCAUGUGUGUUUUGUUCAUUAUGGUACAUUAAGUUUAGUGUUGGUAAUAAAUGUAUUGUGUUGCCGAUGUGUUUUAAUGUUAAUAAUUUAAGAUUAAGAACAAGUUGUCAGGAAAAGUCAAAAUGAGGUCCUGCAUGGGAGAAAUAAGAUGGAUGUAUGAGCUUUGUUCAAUAUGUUUAACUUUAAACAUAACAGUAUUGCAUCACAACAUUUUAUAGCUAACAAUAUAUGUUUAUGUAUCUAUAUGCGCAAUUUUCCGGGACACAAUAAAUGUUAAAACAGA